AUGGGAUCUGAUACUUUAGUAAUGAUACCACCAAAAAGUAUUUCACCAUCAUCUUCAACUCAAUUAUGUCAAUUUAUUAUACCAACUAGUAGUUUAAUUCAAUAUGGCCAAAUGAAUUUUUUAAUCACUGAUCGACCAAAUGAACAAAAUAUGGAUACAUUUAUAAGAGAAUUAGAGUAUUAUGGAGCAAAGAUUAUUGUAAGAGUUUGUGAACAAACAUAUCCAAUUUUUCCUUUAACUUCACAUGGUAUAUCUGUUAUAAAUUGGGAAUAUCCAGAUGGUGCACCACCACCACCAGAUGUGAUUGCUAAAUGGAUUGAUCUUGUUAAAAGAACUUUUAAAAAUCUUCAUUCAUCACUUCCAAUAAAUCAAGAAGAUAAUGAUUGUAAAAAUGAAGGAAAAUUACCAGCAUGUAUAGCAAUUCAUUGUGUAGCUGGUCUUGGUAGAGCACCUGUAUUAGUUGCUAUUGCAUUAAUGGAAGCAGGAGUUGGUUAUGAAGAAACAAUUUUAACAAUUAGACAAAAAAGAAGGGGAGCUUUUAAUCAAAGACAACUAGAUUUUUUAAAGUCUUACAAAAGCACUGGACAAUUGACAAGUCUGGCAUUACCAUUAAAGGUUAAACCAGAAAAAUAUUGUGGUAUAAUGUAA